AUGUCAUUGACGCCUCUGGACAGUGCACAGCCCACCAAUAGCAGUGGUGAGCCGACGCACACGCUCACUCGUGCGAAGCAGACGCACUCUCUGGAUCGAUUUACACCCGCGCACGACAUGCCAUGCGAGCACGUCCAGCCCAACACCGUUGGACGCGUGAGCGACGAGCUGCUGGACAUGCUUGCCGAGGACCAUCGCAUCAAUCUCAAGCACCACUUGGUAGUGGAUAAGUUGUUCAAGGCGUACCUGCUAGAAAAGAAGAACUUCGCCAACGUGAUGCGAACCUAA